AUGUCCAUAACCUCUCUGUUAGUGCUUCCAUCCCUAUCUCCUACUUCGAUCGCUCUGCCCGCACCACCAUCUGAAGAGGUGGUGCCAACCAAGACCCUUCCUUCAGAAAUCAAGCCACCUGCUCCAAAUCCUAAACCCUCAAAAGUCGGAGCUGCCAAAUCAAAAGUCCCUUCUACUGCUGCACAACUUGUUUCUGGUAUGUCGCCUGCUUCCCAAACUCACUCCAAAGCAACAACAGUCGUGAAGAAAGGAGAAAAACAAGGCAAGACAUCUCCUCCAAAGAAAUCUCCUCCAGUGAAGAAACUCAAAAUCACUCCACUUGCAUGUUCUUCCUCUGAGGCUGAUCCUUUUGAAGACCCAUUUGGUGAAGCAGUCGAUCCUUCUGACCACUCAUGUUUUGAAAGCACCAAAAGUUCAGAAUCUUCCCCCAAACAUGAAGAUCUGAUUGCCUCUGAAGAAAGAGUUGUUGACUCAGAGGAUGGUUCUGAUGCAUCUGACACUUCGUCUAAGCCCUCUGACCAUGUCUCUGAACCUCUACCUUCUGAAUCCAAGGGAAAGAAGCCCAUGACUUUUUCUAGUCCAAUUGCUCACAAGGUUCUAACCAAAAACAUUGAUUAA